AUGGAUUUUGAUUUAAAAUGCAAUGAAAAAACAAGCUCAAGCCUGAUUGAAAGCUUAAAUGUUGAAGAGGAGCUACAGUUAUAUAAGCAUAAACUUCAGUCAGAUGAGAAACUUGAUCUUGAAGAACUCAUUGAGGGCCCAUCUCAUACUAAAUUUAAAAUAAAGAUCUUAAGGUCUUCAAAAUUGAUGCUUCUGAACGCUUGCGGCCACCGAACACUUGCUUAUCAAGGUAGCAUCGGCUGCCUAGGCCCCAUUAACAGCAGUCUAAGGGCCUGCACUGCGUCCCUGAAUUUUUACCAGUUAGGAAGACACAUGACCACCUUGAGGAAGGGUGACACAACAAAAAAAAGUCAUAGCCUCCGGAAAAGGCAGUGAAAAGAACCCGCUGCCCAAAAACCAUCUGGAUAACUAAUACUAAAACUGGAAUGGCCACCAGCUGACUCCCAAAGCCAUCCACCCCCCAUAGGGCCUGAGCCUUGGCUUAUGCUAUAAAGCCAUUUUGGUGCCCACAAGCGGAGCGUCAUCAGUAAGGUCAUAUUUUUUCACCAUUUAUUAAUAUAUCUCAUACUAGGCUUCUUUGUGCGCAGACCUGAUUUUGGCCAUCUCUCAAGGCUUUUUACCCUAAUGACAAUUGUGCUUUUUGAGCGGGCGCUCGAAGAAGCUCUGAUUUCUACAGAUAGUAAUAUUGUCAUUGGAGAAGCUAUGGGAGCCCUGGACUUUGCGAUCUAUUAUAUCAACAAUUAUUUCGUUUAUACAAUUUUGGCAAUAAUUGCAGCGGUUCCGAUUGAAGCUUUUAUGAUAGCUUCUCUGAGCUUUAAAAGAAAGCAAGUGUCGAAUUGGGCUACUGCUUCAUUUGUGGUUGGAAUUUUAGUUAUGAUAAUAUCGGCUAUUGGGAUUUUUUUUAUGAGUCCCCAAGCAGGAAAUGAAUGGAAUAGGCUAUGGGCUGUAAGUUUUAUGGUCGGGAUUUUGCUAGAAGUUAGUAUCAUUGAGAGCUUUUUCAUGUUUGCUAGAUACUUUUUUAUCCAAAGUUUUGGACAUAUUGAAAAAUAA